UUUCCAUUUUACCUUUGGGCUUAAUGAGCGUGCUUUGAUUGUCAUCUCCUCAGACAGAGGCUCUUUCAGUGGGACCAGCACCUGCACCGGUGUAUGAGUCCAGGCACAGCCUGAUGACUAACAAACCCUGCCUCACCUCCACCUCACCCUUCAGUUACACACGUUUAAUGGCUGAGGUGACUCAUCCGAAACAACAAAUUAAUCAAAUCACACCAGGCCGCGUGCUACCGUUUGCUGCUUUAAUCUAACUGUGCUGAUGGCGUAGCUGCAUUAGUCUGAAGGGAAACGGAGACAGAAUCAGGCAAGAAGUGCGGACUGUGAUUCAUCACAGCGGAGAGAGGAAGUGAGCGGGGGAACAUCUGGACUUCAUUUGUGCGCACCGACGUGGAGAAAGCGUCCAGAAAUAGGCUUAAAAGCCAUUUUCCAUGUUAAUUGUUGUCCAAAGCCCACAUCAUCGUUACGCUUCCACCGUGAGACCUGCGACUCUUUGUGGGAACGCACACGCUCUCUCUCUCUCUCUCUCGCUCGCUCGCUCUCCCUUGUGUGUGCGUGCGUGUGUGUUGGUGAGUGGGUGUGUGUUCGUGUGUGACUGGGUAUUGUGUGAGCGCCUCGCAGACUCUCCAAACCCGCGGAGCUGUUGUUUUCGGAGGCGCACGAGGACAAUCGCGCUGACCGCUGGAUUAGACGACAAAAGAGAAAGUGGCACCUCCGCCGCUUGUGCGCGUCUCUCGCACCUCGGGCUUUUUUGGGGGGGGAUUCUUCGCUAAGGUUUCGGCGGCGGCGGCGCACGGACCGGUAUGGAUUUACCACAGGCUAGACGAGACACGCCGCCCAGACCUCCGCCAAAGUUUUGAUUGUCAACGCCGCCUCUCGACCCCCGGAGCGGAGAGGGACGCCGAACCCGGACGCGGCGCGCGCGAACGCCGGUCGCCACAUGUGAGGACGGUCCGGAGACGAAUAUCAGGCGGAUCGUCAUUGCGAUGCCCUCUACUGUAACUCUCAUGGGGUGACCCACAUCCAGAACCUGAGACGUGACUGUGGGACGGCGGUCUCCCAGCUCUUCCUGUCCUUUUCCUGAAGGCAGUGAUUAUCGGCAUAGACCUCGACCCAACUCCACUGUGUGAAUGAAUCUUUGCCGUAAAGCCGUCGUGUUUUGCCACCCCGUCACCAUGACGACCAAGUACUCCCAGUACUACAACCGGAGUCUGAUCCCAUCCCAUUACGCCCAUGCCAAGAAUAUGAGCAUCCAGGAGCUGGUAAGCUACUAUGAGGAUAAAAAGCAGCUCAACCUUUUCAACGUCUUCUUCGUGGUCCUCUGCACCAUCAUCAUCCUGGAGAACCUGCUGGUGCUCAUCGCCGUGUGCCGCAACAAGAAGUUCCACUCGGCGAUGUUCUUCUUCAUCGGCAACCUGGCGUUCUCCGACCUGCUGGCGGGCUCGGCCUACAUAGCCAACAUCUUCCUCUCGGGGUCCCGGACCUUCGAGCUGGUGCCGGUGCAGUGGUUCAUCCGGGAGGGCACGGUGUUCAUCGCCCUGGCGGCGUCCGUCUUCAGCUUGCUAGCGAUAGCGAUCGAGCGCUACAUCGCCAUCACUAAGGUCAAGGUGUACGGCGCCACCAAGACGUGCCGCAUGUUUCUGCUGAUCGGCGCGUGCUGGGUCACCUCCAUCCUGCUGGGAGGACUUCCCAUCAUCGGCUGGAACUGCAUCAACAACCUGCCCGAGUGCUCAGCCGUGCUGCCGCUCUACUCUAAGAAAUACAUCCUCUUCGUUGUCACCAUCUUCAGCCUCAUACUGCUCUCCAUCGUCAUCCUCUACGUGAGGAUCUAUUUGAUCGUGCGCUCCAGCCACCAGGAAGCGACCAACGCCCCGGCCUACAACCUCCUGAAGACAGUCACCAUAGUGCUGGGCGUCUUCAUCAUGUGCUGGCUGCCCGCCUUCACCAUCCUCCUCCUGGAUUCCUCCUGCAAGAUACACGUGUGCCCCGUCCUCUCCAAGGCGAGCAUCUUCUUCAGCUUCGCCACCCUGAACUCGGCGCUCAACCCGGUGAUCUACACGCUGCGCAGCAAGGACAUGCGGAAGGAGUUCCUGCGCGUGCUGUGCUGCUGGGGGAUCCUGCAGAGCGGGCGGCCGGCGGACCGCUGCAUGAUCCCCCUGAAGAGCUCCAGCUCCAUGGAGCACUGCACCAACAAGCACGAGCACCAGAGCACGCCCAUCAUCAUGCAGGACUGCACCACCUGCGUCUGAACUGAGCGCUCGCGCCCCCGAGCGGAGCCAGCGGCGGGGACGACCCCCCCCCCCCCCCCUUUCUCCCGGACCGACGUGGCCGGAGAGGCCUGGACGCAGCUGUCGGCAGAGACACGUGCUACAUCGCAGACGUUUUCUCCUUACAAUCAGAACUGUGUGCAUUCACAAUCAGCAGCGGGCGCAGAAACAAGGGAACCCGUUUAGCGGGUGAGAACUUUCAGAAAUGUGAAAAUAGCUUUUCCCUGGGUACUCUCGUCGACGUGGAAUCGCAGACCUUUUUAUUGUUUUAUCCGUUUCAUCCUCCUUGUGUAUUUCCUUCCAAAUAAACCCCCGAAGCCAAAAAUAGACACAUAACAUGCAUAAUAUCAUCGUUAUGCUUAGCUGUUGUGGGCCAAAAGCUGCAUUAAUACAAAGCUCGCCAAGUUGCACUUUGUACAUUAUUCCUGAGACCGUUGUCCUUUAGCCUUUACAGUCACAACUUAGCCAGCUUCACUCCACACUGCACUUCACAGAAGCCAAACAAGUCCUUCCUCAACAACAGGUCUAUGUAUUUUCUAUAUAACCUUAACUAAACCAUUUGAUACCUUACAACAAACUUACAUAGCCUGCUUACAUUUACUGCAUGAAAUCCUAACUCAUUUGUAAGCACUAGUGUAUACGAUGUAUCCCAGCUCCAGCUUCCGUCACUAACGCCCUCUCCCUCAUUUGUGGUCCUAAUCUGUCACUCUUGCUUUUACUGUUGUCUUUUGUAUCCUAACGGUUUCCUCUGAGGAAGGCCCAAUCAGAAAGCAGACCCUAGCCCGAGUCGGCCCACUGGGUCCUUGGCUGUAGCUCGGACCCAGUGGACCGAUGUUGUCCGUGUUGUAGCAGCAGAGCAGCAAUGUGCUAACUCUGCUUGAGCCUUCCUCGUGGCUGAAUGUGUGUAUGAAGUGUUUGGGGCAGGUGCCCCGUUUGUUGACAGUAUUAAUGAUCCUUAUUUUGAAUUACCAAGUCAUUGACAACCGGAGAGUGGGGUGAACAGGGUGGGUUACUCUCACUGUGAAGUCUUGAAUAGCAUUAUGAACAAGCAAAACCCUGUGAACGCCCUGGUUGAGUUUGCUAGCCAUAUACCUUGUGCAACUGGUGAGCAGGUCUUAUCUCUUUCCCGCAGAAGGAGGAGGCCUGGCUGCAUGGGGGAUCUGUCUUCGUGGGAGGUCAGCUUCAAUCCUUAUUCUCUGACAUCCUACAACACAGAUUCCUCGAGCAAUAGGAAGUCCUGUUCUUCAUUGUCCGGUUCCUGUUGUUCAGGGUUACACUAACCUUCCUCCCGUAGACCCCAGUAAAACGCUUCUCUCCCUCAGUGUUUUUUUAUACGGAUCUUUCUACAAGUAGAUGACCAAGUACAAAUGGUGAAAAGCACUUUGGCAGCUCCGGUGAUGUUUGCUUUCCCCCAGUUUUUUUUUCAAAUGGAGAGGUACUUCAAUCUGAGUACCUGUCAGUUCAUUUUGAAUUUUAUGAUAAAUAUAUAAAUUACUAUGUGUGUUUGUAAGUAUGUAUGUAUCUUUGUACAGUAUGUAUGACAUCUGUUGUAUGAAAUGUCUCGUGUGCAAUAGCCUUGUGUGUCCUGUAGCACGCUACCUGUGUUAAAUUGGUACAAUCUGAAACACUAAUGUAGGUACAUAAACAUUUUGUUAAUUGCAUUCCAUUUUUUAUAAAAUAAAUGAAAUACUGAACGAA